GGAAGGGCUUAGUUACUCAAUUUUCAUUAGUAGUGGUACUUAUUUAGCUAUUAAUUAAAAGUAAGAGCAGCAAAGCAGAAUCUUUUACCCUCUGCCGACUGCCUUCACUCUUCUGUUAGUGUUAGGAAGUGUUUCGAGUUGAAAAUACCCUAAAAAAAUCUUCGCUCCUUCUAAUCGCCAAAACCUCCAAUCCCCGCCGACCACCGUCCUCCAUCGCCGCCGUCGUGGCUUCCCCACCUCCGCCUCCCAGCUCCCGUUUACACCUCCGGUCGCCCUCUCCUCACUCCGCAGCUAAAGCUCGGCGUUUCUUCAGGUAAUUAAAUGCCGCCCCUCCUUUCUGUUUGUCACUUUAUAGGGAAGCAAACUUCAUAACUAAGUCUGAUUGCUUCAAAGACUGGUCAGUGAGUUGAGUUUCCAUGGACGAUGAUAAACUUACCGAGUCACUUACACUCUAUGUCCGAACUUAGAACUAUUAGAAUGAAACCAAGUUUUCUUUCAUUGUUUAACCUCACAUAUUCCUCUCCAAUGCUGUUUUGUUUCGUCAUUUCUUAUUGAGUAAGGGUUUCCACAACUCUUUACCUGCUUGAUUAAUUGUUAUCGAAAUCUAAUUUCUCUCUGUUAUGUAUAUUUGAAUGCCUAAAAGCCUUGCAUUUCCUGGAAUGAUGUAUCAAGGGUAGAGCAUUCAUGACUGCUUAGAAUCGACUGUGAGGAACACUUUCAUUCUGUCCAGAUGAAUCGUUGCCUGGCAAUAUUCGCUUACAGUCGCAGCUUUCAUCUCCCUACCACUCGAAUCACUGGUACCUUACUAUACUCUCAUGUUGCUGGUCCCUUGAAUCAGAAGACUUACGCUUUGGCUCUAUGUCGGUUACUAUCCUAUACUCCACCCCACCACCGACGGCCCCCUGACCCUGACGACCCCUCCAACCUGAUGAGAGAAGAUGGUGUCUCAGUUUGUUCCCAAAUGUGGAUUGAGAACUUCCGUGAACCGGACAGAACAGUCACCAACUCGACCUCUUUUCUACGUCGGUUUGAGUUGUGGGUUCUAUCCUAUCAGAAAGUUUGUGCUGAUGAAAUCGGAACCUAUGUACCUCGUAGCGCUAUUCAGAGGUCAGCAUUGGAGGAUUUGCUUGUGCUUAGGAAUGCUGUUCUGGAUGGUAGAUUCAAGUGGGGGGCUAGGUUGGAUUUCUUUAUCAAAUCUCCCAAGGAUAAGACUGAUUAUGCCUCAUUGUCCAAGAGGAAGAUCAAGGCGAUUCUCACCACCACGCAGCCUGCAGCUUUCCAGGAUAAGAUAGUCCAGGAGGUGUUGUUCUUGAUCCUGGAGCCUGUUUAUGAAUCCAGAUUUUCACAGAAGUCGUUUGCAUUUAGACCCGGGAGGACUGCUCAUACUGUAUUGAGGGUGGUUAGGAGGAGUUUUGCUGGGUACUUGUGGUACUUGAAAGGAGACUUGAGCACAGUUUUGGAUGGAAUGAAGGAUAGUUUUGUGAUAGGAGCAUUGAUGAGGGAUGUGAGGGAUAAGAAGAUAGUUGACCUGAUCAAGUCUGCUUUGACCACACCGGUGAUCAAAACUGCAGUGGAGCCACCGAAGAAGAAGACAAAGAGGAAGCACCAGAAGAAGAGAGUUCUGGCAGAGGAUGAGCCGAAGCCGGAUCCGUAUUGGCUAGACACAUUUUUCGGUUUUGCACCCGAAGAAGCUGAGAAACAACCUUCAUGGGGCCACUGUGGGAUUCUUAGUCCACUAUUAGCUAACGUUUGUCUCGAUGAGUUGGAUCGAUGGGUGGAGGGAAAGAUCAAGGAUUACUAUUCCCCUUCGAAGAGUGACGUGAUAUGGAAUAGCCCAGAAGGGGAAGCAGAACAAGGCAACACUUCCUGGCCAGAAUUUGUGCCGACUAGCGGCCCUGAUAAGACCAGGAAAAUGGACUAUGUCCGUUACGGUGGUCAUAUCUUGAUCGGUGUCAGGGGUCCCAGGGCAGAUGCAGCUACGCUGAGAAAGCAGUUGGUCGAAUUUGUGGAUCAGAAGUACAUGCUCAAGCUCGACAAUGACAGUCUUCCCAUUGAACACAUAACAAAGGGGAUCAUGUUUCUCGACCAUGUUCUAUGCAGGAGAGUUGUGUAUCCUACACUUAGAUAUACCGCCACUGGAGGCAAGAUCAUCAGCGAAAAGGGUGUGGGGACUCUUCUAUCAGUCACUGCCAGCUUGAAGCAAUGCAUCAAGCAGUUUAGAAAGCUGCAGUUUUUGAAAGGAGAUCGAGAUCCAGACCCACAGCCUUGCUUUCGUAUGUUCCACGCCACACAAGCUCAUACCAAUGCUCAGAUGAACAAGUUCCUAUCGACCAUGGUGGAGUGGUACAGGUAUGCCGAUAACAGGAAAAAGAUUGUCAACUUCUGCUCCUACAUUUUAAGAGGUUCACUAGCGAAGCUCUAUGCUGCUAAAUACAAGCUACGUUCUCGUGCUAAGGUGUACAAGAUUGGUGCUCGAAAUCUUAGUCGUCCUUUAAAGGAGAAGAAAGGUUCUUCCCCUGAGUACCAUAAUUUGCUGAGAAUGGGGCUCGUGGAGUCCAUCGAUGGGCUUCAGUACACUCGAAUGUCACUCGUUCCUGAAACCGACUACUCACCUUUCCCAAAUAACUGGAGGCCCGAUCAUGAGAAGGCUUUGCUCGAAUAUAUAAACCUCGAAGAUCCCCAGAGGCUGGAUGAGCAGCGGUCCCUGAUUAAUGAACAAGGUCUGAUCUCACCUCAGGAUUACAUCUCCAUGCUCGUGUGGAACUACAAGAGGAAUGCUCUUCCCGUGGAUCAUCAGCUUUCUAUCUCAUCGACAGCUAGCAUCACAGCUACAGAGCAGACUUUACUCUCUGGAGUAGAAAAUCAGACCAGCACAGAAGAACAUAUGGAGCAUAGGACAACGACUAGGUUAAUUGCAGCACAAAUGUAAGAGCGAUCUUUUGCUCUGGAGCUGCUGCAACAUGUGUUAGAGACUACUAGUCGUGCUUGAGUUGUUUGUAUAUAGACAUAUGAGUUCCAAAUUUGAUGGGAGACCACAGGAGGGUUCAUUUUACUAAAAAAGCUGUUAUAAUGUUGUAUUGAUUUAUGCGAUUAGUUUUAUGAACAUUAGCUUUCUUUAUGCUGUAGAGUAGAGUCAGCCGGUGCGACGGUGAUAGGCUGAUAGCUAGCAAUUUUUGUCCUUCCAAUGUUGAAAUAACCAGUUGCUUCCAUCAAAGAGCAAAAUGUGGCAGGCAUUCAUACAACUCUAUGUGAAACAUCAUUCAGCUGAGCUUAUUAUCUCCUUUUCUUGGAGUUUGCUCAAAGUACACUGGUUAAAAAAAGUUCCCAUACCAG